AUGGCUCAGAAUCCUAUUGCUCAUAAGCAUGCUAAGCAUAUUGAUUUGGAUUGUCACUUCAUCCGUGAGUUAGUUGCCUCUGGUCGCUUGGCUGUUCGCCAUGUUCCUACUUCUCUACAACUUGCUGAUAUUUUUACAAAGGCGUUGCCUCGUCCGUUGUUUGAAUUGUUUCGAUCCAAGCUUCGUGAGAAUUACAACCGGAAGGAAUCUAGCCGGGAACCAACAAAAAAGAUCAAUGCCGACCCCUCAAAUUCCCGCCCCCCGAGAGGACCACGAUACACAACGUACACUCCCCUCAACGCUAGCAGGGCUAAGGUAUUGGAGCAAGCCCUCUCGUCGGAAAUCUUGAUAAUUCCAAAAAGAGCGAACACGCCCCCAAGAGCGGACAAGGCGAAAGCAUGCCGAUUCCACCGAAACCGGGGGCACUCGACGGAAGAAUGCUCGGCGCUAAAGGACAAGCUUGAGGACCUUAUCAAGCAAGGUCACCUGAAGAACUUUGUCUCACCGCAAGACCACCGGCCAAGAGGGAGAGACGAAGAAUACAGUCGGCGAACGUCACCACCAAGGGAUCGACGUCACAGGUCCCGUUCGGCCGAAAGGAAAGACCAUUCACGAAAUUCAAGAGAAGACAACACUCGGCCGAGAAAGAUAAUAAACACGAUCGCCGGGGGUUUCGCCGGAGGAGGCUCCACCUCUUCGGCUAGAAAGCGGCACCUCCGGGCAGUCCGAGAUGUAAAUACCGUGAACCAACAGAAAGCACCGAGGAUGCCGACCAUCACAUUCUCGGACCGAGACUUUCGUGGUGUCGACCCCAUCCAAGACGACCCUAUGGUGAUUUCAGUCGAGAUGCACAACUGCAUCGUGAAGAAAACCCUGGUCGACCAAGGGAGCUCCGCCGACAUCUUGUACUGGAAUACUUUUGUGCAGCUAGGGAUUCCCGAGGAGAGCUUAGAGCCAUAUCACGAACCCCUGGUCGGUUUUUCUGGCGAAAGAGUGAUGACGAGAGGGUGCAUCGACCUGUAUACCCGUUUCGGGUUCGACCAAAAGACUUCCCGAGAGAUCAAGAUCCGAUACAUCGUGGUACACGCCAACACGUCGUACAAUGUUCUACUGGGCUGA